GCUCCACAAAGAGAAAGAGGGCACCCCACCACCCACACAUCCCCCCUGUCGUCGCUGUUUAUCUCCGCCCGCCGGGGCCUCCUCUCCUCGUCUUCUCGAUCCCUCCCACCACGCCUCCACCAUAGCCCCUGCCCCUGCCCUGAUAAGCUAAGCUUGUGGUUGAGGUGCGUUCCUGCACAGAAAGCGUGCAGGUGCAGCAGAGAUCAGAGGAGGACAGCUGGGAUCCCAACCAAUCCCAUGGACAAGUACGAGCCCGUUCGUGAGAUCGGGGCGGGCAACUUCGGGGUGGCCAAGCUCAUGAGGAACAAGGAAACCAGGGAGCUCGUGGCCAUGAAGUUCAUAGAGCGAGGAAACAGGAUCGACGAGAACGUUUUCCGCGAGAUCGUUAACCACCGUUCCCUUCGGCACCCCAACAUCAUCCGUUUCAAGGAGGUGGUUCUGACCCCGACGCACCUGGCGAUCGUGAUGGAGUACGCGGCCGGCGGUGAGCUGUUCGAGCGCAUCUGCGAGGCCGGCAGGUUCCACGAGGACGAGGCCCGCUACUUCUUCCAGCAGCUGGUGUGCGGGGUGAGCUUCUGCCACGCCAUGAACAUCUGCCACCGGGACCUCAAGCUCGAGAACACGCUGCUCGACGGCAGCCCCGCGCCGCGCCUCAAGAUCUGCGACUUUGGAUACUCCAAGUCCUCCGUGCUGCACUCCAGGCCCAAGUCAACGGUCGGAACGCCGGCCUACAUCGCCCCCGAGGUCCUGUCGCGACGAGAGUACGACGGCAAGCACGCAGAUGUAUGGUCCUGCGGCGUCACGCUCUACGUCAUGCUCGUCGGAGCCUACCCGUUCGAGGAUCCAAAGGAUCCAAAGAACUUCAGAAAGACAAUCUCGCGCAUCAUGUCCGUGCAGUACAAGAUCCCCGAGUACGUGCACGUCUCCCACAACUGCCGCCACCUCCUCUCCCGCAUCUUCGUCCAGAACCCCUACAAGAGGAUCACCAUGAGCGAGAUCAAGAGCCACCCAUGGUACCUCAAAAACCUGCCCAGGGAGCUCAAGGAGGAGGCACAGGCAGCCUACUACAGCCGCCGGGGAGUGGGAGACGCCGCCGCCGGCAGCAGCAAUGCCAAUGGCAAUGGCAAUGCCAAUGCCGUGGCACCAGCAGCCUACUCGUCGCAGAGCGUGGAGGAGAUCAUGAGGAUCGUUCAGGAGGCGCAGACGCUGCCCAAGCCCGCGAGGCCCGUCUCCGGCUACGGCUGGGACGCCGCCUCCGACGACGACGACGACCAGUACGAGGAAGAAGCAGAGCCCGAGGAAGAAGACGACUACGACAGGACGGUGCGGCAGGUACACGCCAGCGGGGAGUUCGACAUGAGCAGGCUCCAAAUCUGACAUGGCACACACCUCUCUCUCUCUCUCAGUUCCUCUCUUGGCAAUUGCCAACAACCCACCACCACAGCUUAAGCUUAGCAGUCAGUUUUGUGUUGUGAAAAAAUUGCGCACCUGUAACCCCGCAACGCUCCCCUGGUUUCAAUUCAGAUUCAGAUGCAUUUUUCAGUCCCUGCA